AUGCUUUCUCUUGAGUGUACCUACGUGGAGGAUAAUGAAGACUACGUUCACAAAUUCAAUGUCCUCUCUGGGAACUGGGAGAUAGCGAAAGACCUGUUCAAGGACCCCGCCAACAAGGACUUCUCCUUGAAAGCCUCUUUAAAGUCUCGCAACGAAGAUACCGAGCCUUUUGAGGUUUGGGAUAUUCUCUCACCCUGGGUUAAGAGCUAUCGCCCUCUAAAAGCUGGAAGUUCUACCGAGGACUGUAUCUAA